AUGCCUAUUAACAUAAUCGGAGCUAUGCUCAUCGACGGGCCCGAUGUCCUCCCGGGCUGGUCAUACAUAAAAGCCUAUGGACCAGCCGUGGCGGCCAUCGGUGCCUUGAAGUACUACUUCGGAGGCUCACAAAACACUUGGGAAAGAGACAUGCAUGGUAAAGUUUUCAUAAUAACUGGUGGAACCUCGGGUGUUGGAGCUCAUGUCGCGUAUGAAUUGGCAUCCAAGGGUGCACAGGUGAUUUUGUUGUGUAGGAAAGUGGAAGAUCAAUGGCUCGUGGACUUCAUUGAUGACUUGAGAGAAAGUACGAACAACUUCUUGAUCUACGCAGAAGAAGGGGACUUAUCUUCGUUACAUUCCAUUAGAAAGUUUGCUACCAAGUGGUUGGAUAACUCACCUCCUCGUAGAUUGGAUGGGAUUAUAUGCUGUGCUGCUGAGUCCGUCCCACCGUAUGUGGACAGACAGAUCACCAUUGAUGGUGUAGAAAGACAGAUCGGUGUGAACUACUUGGGCCAUUUCCAUUUGUUGACCUUGUUGAGCCCAUCCAUAAGAGUGCAACCGCCAGAUAGAGACGUUAGAGUCGUUUUGGCUACAUGUGCUUCGCAGUCGUUGGGUGAAAUAGACCCCGACCUAGCUGACGUAUUGUGGCAGAAUAAGAGGUACCCUAAAGGCAAGCCAUGGAAGGUUUAUGGGACAUCCAAGUUGAUGCUCUCCAUGUUCAGUAAGGAAUUCCAAAAGAGAAUCAGCUUAUAUGAAAGAAGUGAUAAAACUCCAUGUAAUGUAAGAACCAUUUCAGUCAACCCCGGUGUGAUGAGGACUGCAUCAACAAGAAGAUUUUUGUCCUUUGGCUCUGUAUUUGGGUUGAUUGUGUAUUGGCUCUUGUUUCCUAUCUGGUUUAUACUCUUGAAAAGCGGAUCUCAGGGAGCGCAGCUGUUUUUAUACUCGAUCUAUUCAGGAGAGUUUGCGCAAAUUGAAGGUGGUAAGUUUGUUCACGAGUGUAGAAUAGUGAGUCCAUCGAGAAAGGAAUUGGCCAACGAAGACUUACAGGGCCUGUUGUAUGACAAAACAGAAAAGUUGAUUGAACAAAUUGAACUUCAAUCUGCAAAGGAAAGAAAGAAGAAUGAGUUGAAGAAUGGGAAGAAGAAGGGUGCAGAUAAGAAUGAAGAGUCAAAGGAGGCAAAUUUAACCACGUCUAGUGGAGCUAAGAUUGUGGAAGAUGUCUAUACAAUGCCCAAGACGCCGGAGGAACUUGAAGAAAAGUUGAACAUACUUCGUAAUGAUUUGCUGACGGCUGCAAAGAAGCGCAGUGGAAAGCUGAAAAGGAAGAGCUAG